AUGGCCGGGGCUUCUUUUGGACUUUACUUAGGAAAUACAUCUGCUUGUUUAGCUCUUUAUAAAGAUGAAAACGUGGAUGUUGUCGCUAAUCAUGCUGGAGAUCGUGUUACCGCUGCUGUCAUCACUAUUACUAACUCCGAGAAGGUGAUUGGAGCAGCGGCAAAAGCUGGCCAGUUCAGAAAUGCAUUGAGUACGAUAACAAAUAACAAACGUUUGAUGAACAAAGAGAUAGAUAGCAAAGAACUGGACGAUGCGAUCAAAAAUAGUACAAGUAAAAUAAUUAACGAAUCAAGUCUUCAGUAUUGUAUUAAAGUAAAUGACAAAAAUGAAACGUUUACUCCACAAAAAAUAUCGUCAUUGCUACUUAGAGCGAUGUACGAUAUAUCUACUACUGCUGCUCAUGACGACGAUGAACACAAUAUCGUUUUCUGUGUUCCGUAUAGGUUUAAUCCUGAUAGUAUAAAAGCUUGGUGUAAUUCUGCUACUACUGCUGGCUUUAAAGUACUUCAAGCUAUUGGUGAGCCAGUGGCUUCUUGCCUUGCUCACGGAAUUGCUAAGGAUAAAAAGAAAAAUGAAUUGGUAUUAGUCUACAGAGUCGGUGGUGUGUCGAGUAAUAUUAGUCUGGUAAAAGUAACUAGUGGUUCAUUGAAAGUUUUAUCAGAUCAAUACUACCCAGAAUUAGGUGGUCAUAAAUUGACUGACUUAUUAACGUCAUACUUAGCCCAGGAAUUUAGGAAUAAAUAUAAAAUAGAUCCAACUGAGAGCAGACGUUCAAUAGCUAAAUUGAAAAGCGAAGCUGAAAAAUGUAAGCAUGUUUUAUCAACAAUGUCCACGGCACAUUGUUUUGUUGAGUCGCUUUGUGAAGGUGUUGACUUUAGUCACAAUAUUACACGUGCAAGAUUUGAAAAUCUUAUUAGCUCACAUAUUUCUGAUUAUAUUCAACCAAUUAUGGACAUACUUAAUUCUUCGUCUAAGACAGUGGUUGAUAUUAAAUCAAUUAUAUUGUGUGGUGGUACGAUGAAAAUUCCUAAGCUCCAGGAAAAAAUCGGAUCAAUAUUCCCAGCUGGUGAGGUCUUGACAAGCAGAUGGAGCCCUGAUGAAACGAUGGCUGUUGGUGCUGCUAUACACUCAUCUCAUCUACUGGCUCAUGGAAUGCAUGAUCGUGAAUUGAAUUCAACUGAUGUUGAAAUUUAUUCGUUAGCUAAAUCGAUUUGUGUUGAAUUUAGUGGUAUUGAAUGUAUUGUUAUACCUAAAGAUACAAUAGUGCCUGUUAAAAUUCAAACUACCAUUGAUGUACCAAAUAUUACCGAUGAUAAAAUAUCAAUUAAUGUUUUUGAAACUGAAGAUAAUGGCAAUGAAGUUACCAAGAAAAUUGGAUUGAUUUCGUACCAUUUAAAGGCUCCAGGAAAACUAAAGGUUGAUACAGACUUAACAGAAGCUAAUUUAAAUAUCCACAUAACUGAUUUGACUUCCAGCGAAAAAUCAGUAUUCCGAUUUCCCAUUCAUGAAGAUGAUUUAUAA